UCCCAGCAGAGCAUCUGGGUUGAUCCUGAAGCCUCCAGCCAUUUGCCUGCCUACCUGCCAGGACGUCUCUGGGGCAGCCAUGAAGGUCCUCAUCCUGCUCUUUUGCCUUGCUCAGCUCUGGGGCUGCCGCGCUGUCCCCCACGGCCCGAUUCUGGGUUACAGGGAACCGGCCUGUGAUGACCUAGAAACAGAGCAAGCAGCCCUGGCAGCCGUGGACUACAUCAAUAAGCACCUUCCUCGGGGCUACAAGCACACCUUGAACCAGGUUGACAGCGUGAAAGUGUGGCCGAGGCGGCCCGCGGGAGAGGUAUUUGACAUUGAAAUAGACACGCUGGAAACCACCUGCCAUGUCCUGGACCCCACUCCCCUGGCAAACUGCAGCGUGAGGCAGCUGACAGAGCAUGCGGUGGAAGGAGACUGCGAUUUCCACGUGCUGAAACAGGACGGCCAGUUCUCCGUGUUAUUUGCAAAAUGUGAUUCCAGUCCAGACUCAGCUGAGGAUGUUCACAAGGUGUGUCCAAACUGCCCCCUGCUGGCCCCGCUUAAUGACAGCCGGGUGGUGCACGCCGCAGAAUCAGCGCUGACUGCCUUCAACGCCCAGAGCAACGGCUCCUAUUUGCAGCUUGUGGAAAUUUCUCGGGCUCAACUUGUGCCUCUUUCAGCUUCUGUCUCUGUGGAGUUUGCAGUGGCUGUCACUGACUGUGUGGCUAAAGAGGUCAUAGACCCAACCAAAUGCAACCUGCUGGUGGAAAAGCAAUAUGGCUUCUGUAAGGGGACCGUCACUGACAAGGUUAAUGAGGAAGAUGUUGCGGUGACCUGCACGGUGUUCCAAACCCAGCCUGUGGUCCCGCAGCCCCAACCUGCUGGUGCUGAUGCGGGGGCCGCCCCUGCGGUGGAUGCAGCUGCAACUGCAUCUCCUCCAGCUGACCUGCCCGCAGCUUCCCUGGUGGUGGGACCCAUGGUGGUGGCAGUUCCUCCGGGCAUCCCGCCAGUGCACCGGUCACACUAUGACCUGCGCCACUCUUUCUCGGGUGUGGCCUCAGUGGAGUCAGCCUCCGGAGAAGCAUUCCACGUGGGGAAAACACCCAAGGGGGCACAGCCUAGCAUUCCUGCUGCUGAUGGCUCAGUUCCAGUGGUCCGCCCUUGCCCUGGGAGAAUCAGACACUUCAAGAUCUAGAAGAUGGUCAGAGAUGAGGUUUGGCACAGAGAACAUUGCUGCCAUUGUCCAAGUAUGGGUGUGGGUGGGGGCCUUGUCUGCUGUCAAAGCAAGUGCUGUGUGGUCUAGCUUAAUGUCAAGUCUUGUAUCCUGACUUCUCAUCCUUUAGAGGACAGAAGCAGGGGGUACUAGUUAUGUUUGAUGGAAGGCAUAAGGUCAGCAAUUUGAUUCACUGUUUUGAGGCCAGGCCACCACCAUUGUGUUCUCUGCCUUCUCUUGACCUCUCAAAAAUAAUUGGGACUGUGACUCUGAAAGGUGCUCUUGACAAGUUUAUAUCUGCUUAUUAAUAAAAAUGUCUGAAGGCCAUUACUUAUAAA